ACAAGACACAUUUUGAGCUCAAUUUUCUCCCUCUCUUCUGCACAACCUCAGAAAUGCUCAGCAUAGACCGGAUUCAACGCUCUACACGAGGAACUAAUCAUGCUGCCGUGGGACCUCAAAAAGAGCACAUCUCAGUCUAAGAAUACAGAUUUGACACCAAACUGUCAUGGCGGAAGCUCUGGACUCUGCAGGCCUGCUGGUGAGUGGGGGUGUGAAGGCGGGUCAGAUCUAAAAAUGUGUGAUUCCUUUAUGAGGGAAGGCAGUGCUGGCUCCACAGACAUACCUUAAAGUCGAUAGAGGAAGCGAGUUCAGUGGUCUCCUCUGAGUGAUGGCUUCUCCUGUGCAGCUGUUCAUGAUCUUGCCUCAUCUGGACUAGGACUGAAAUUAAUUUGACACACCACACACAAACACCAACAAACGCUACACGGCUUAGCCAUGUACAGUGUGGAAGACCUUCUCAUCUCUCAUGGAUACAAAGUCACACAAAAAAACAGCAACAACGUCCCUGUGUCACACUCUUCCCCCCACACCGCAGCAACCUAUGAGAAAUGUCUGCCGACACGAAGCGACAGUCGGUGUGAAAUCGGUGAGAAGCGGAAAGGACACAGCGACGUGAAUGGCUAUGAGGGGGACCGUGUUUACAGCAGUGCUGGCGGAGGAGGUAUCAGACAGACUUCUGCCAGGGGAUUCCCCUGUGACACCGAGAACCAGGUCAGGAAGCAGAGAACACAAGACGUGGACAACGGUAACCUAGGAGAUGGACGUUUGCCAGAAGACAGCCUGACAACAAACAGUUGGUUUUAUGAUAGUAACAGAGGAAUACACUCUCAGCCUAGAUCUGAGCAUGAUGUGUCCUACUGGCGAAGAAGAGGUCAGGACUUCAGUGUGCUUCUGGAUUAUGCUGACUUCAGGGACCCACGUGGAAGUGCAGGAGGGCUUCCCAACAAGCCAGAAGGCAUGCAACGGAGACCAGAAUCUGCCUUGAGCACAGAGGAACAUAACCAUGAGAAACAGCGCAGGGCUGAGAGCGCACGUGCCAGGGAGAGAGAGAUGGCUCUACACCAGUGGAGAAUUGCAGCUGAGAGGAAGUACCAGAGUUUGGGAACAGAGGAGUGGCGUCCUGUGACCAGUAUGAGCCGUCAGCCAUCUGAAAAUGAAGUGGGACAGGAGCAACGCAGGCCACGAACUGCAGAAGGUGCUGUUCCACCUAGAACAAAAACCAAGUCCCAGUCACUGCCCAGAAUGGCCCUACAAUCAGAAAGCCUCCAGUACUUCAACAUACCAACUGCUGUGCAGGAUUCUUAUGGAAGCUAUAGAUUGAACGGCCACCAUACGCGAGACUCUCAUGGAAGGCAUCUUGAUGGAGAGCACAGGUUGACUGACCGAUCGGGUGCACAGUCUGCUCCACCAUCAAAACCCAGAUUCAGUCGACCACUCAGACCACCAUCUUAUGAAGCGCAUCAGCAGAUGCGUGGGAGCAUAGAGAUGCUCGUGGGGGAACUUGCCCCUCGUGCUAGAGACAGGACUCCUCUGCCCUUGUCAAGGCAUGAAUAUUUUGUGCAAGAACUUGGAGGCUCUGGUGCAGAGCCCCCUGGGUAUAACCCUCCCCCUUCCUACAGGAGGCAGCCUUUAGUUAAGGGAGGGCACAGAACUUAUCCCAUUUCAAUGGGUAACCACCAGUAUAGAUGCGAUCCAUAUUUUCAAGGCUCUGCCAUGACAGAGGUGCAUGAAUGGUUUAUCAGGCAAACAGGAAUGGCUUGGCCAGACCAUUACAGAGAUGGAAGAAAAAGUAUGCCCUGCAGGAGACAGGCAUAUCCAGGCUACAGUGAAGAACGAAUAGGUAAUGUUCAGUACAUUCCCUUUGACGACCCCCGCGUCAGGCACAUUUCAGGAGCUGAAAUGGAUGGGAACACGCUGACUGAUGCAGACAAAAUCCGAAACAUCAGAAAUGAGAUUCCGGUCAGCCUCAUAUCUGAGAAGUCCAAUGACAGUGCCUUUUCUGUGACAGAGAAACCCUUUGACCGCACUGAACCAAUUAAAAGCAAUAUUAGUGACUCUAUUAAUGAGGACAGUAUGCACAAGGAAGUUCUGAAGGAGACAGAACGUUUCCACACAACAUCUGACCAAAACUGCAAUAGGCACCCAUCUGACCACGGUAAUACAAUUGCUCUUCAGAUGACAACGCAACAGAAUUCCAAUUCAAACCAGGAUUUCAUUGAGACGGUAACGCAAGUGAAGAAAUUUGAGGCGAAAACUUUGGCUGAGAAUAAGAAAAACUCUAAGAAGAAACUGAAAGAGACAAUGUUUUGCCUGGUAUCUGUCCCUAUUAAUAUGCAAGCAAACAAGGGUGUCUCUGACCCAAAUAACAAUGAAAAAGUGGCUUCUCCAAUGGUGAUAUCUGUAGAAAACCCAGUGGUACAUUCUGAAAACCAAAGCCUUUCUAAGCCCCUAGUAAGCAAGGAGACACAAAUACAGUCCAGCAGCUCCUUAUCCAAUAGAAGUUCCCCUUUGAAGACAGAGAUUGUAGAUGCUAAAUCACUGAAUGCAAGUCAAGACAAUGAAAUGUUCUAUGUAGGAUCCUGGCCUGGAGAUCAAUACAGGAACCAGGAAACUCAGACAGGCUCUCAAGAAGUCUUUAGAAACACCCAUCCUCAGAGAGCACUUAUGCAGACAAAAAGUGACAGUCCCUUCCCUAAAACAACCACAGAAAAUGAAGAUGAAACCGACUGCAGUGCCAACUAUGGAUAUUCCAUGGUCGGUCAAAAGGAUCUCAACCCUUCCAGCAACAGUGCAUUUUCCAGAACUUGCAGCAAUUUAAGUAUAAUGAGCCCCACUCUUGCCCAGUCAGCCUCAACUCUACCAUCUCCAGACUGUCAGCCUUUGCCUAGAAGGACUACAUCAAAACCUCAAACAGAUGGCCAAGAAGUUUUUGGGCAGUUCUUAUUAAAGCCAGUGAACAGACGCAAAUGGGAUGCCAUUGGGGAGCUUGAGUCUUUCAAUAAGGAGAUUCAGGAUCAGACAGGCAAAUGUCCAAAAGUUGAUCAGAACAUAGAGGAGCUGGAUGACGCAAUGAACAAUAUUCUAGAACUGAGCAACACUAGCAAAGAGUUUAACAACAGAAGACAGGAACCUGUGCCACUUCACUUGAAAAAGGAAACGGACAUGCAGUCAAAUAUAGUGCAGGUCACAGACAUGCAUCUUAGACAAAAUAACUUAAAUAUAAUCACAGAUUCAGGAAACAGAGGCAGAAUAAAGGAACAUCCAGAAUACAAAGGAAUACAAAUUUCCCAGGCAAAGUUAAACCUGGACACCCAAACACAAGAGGCACCUGUGGCCAAAUCCAACAAUUAUUUAAACUUUGAGGUUCUGGGGUACACCGAUCCAGGGGCAUAUAGGCAGGAUAUCCCAGUGCCAAAGGAGUGCUUGCUUAGGGAUGUUGGUUUAACAGUGUAUACUGCCAUUCCAGACACUGUGACCUCUGGAUCACCCACAUGCUUAAGUCCAGAGUCCCCUAUGUUAACCAGCCCUUCAGAUAAUUCAGAGAUGUGUGAGACCUUACAGAUUACAUUAUCAGACAGUAGUGGAGAUAUGAGCAGGCACAGCCCUGAGUUUGCUGAAUGUACUCAAAGCUUGACCAACAAUAAUUCCUUCAAUUCCAAAGCCCUCAACUUGAAGGAAUCAGGGAGAGAAAGCACCUCACAUAUCCAUGUGCUCAAGAGUCUCCAUUGUAGGUUUAAAGCAAAUUAUGAGGAUGAUGAUGACUAUUUUUAUUCAGAUUAUCUGAUAUGGAGUAAUGAGAAGACAUUGGCAGAUGAACACCUAGAGACACUUUUGAGUCAAGAGAAGGCCAACAGCAUGCCGACUGAAGACCUUAGUAACCUGUACCAAGUCCAGUAUGCUAAAGGCAUCCCUGAGAAUGAAUCCAUUGAACAAAGGGCUGCCAGGAUACUUGGCAUUGCUGUACCAGUUGAAGCUUUGGUUGUCGAUCAGUGUGAUGGUAAAGAGAAUGGUAAAGAAAGAAAUUCGGAAACCACAGAUGGUUCAUCCUUUAUGACGCAGACCAAAGAGAUGAGCUCAAACAAGGAGACACAGAAUGUCAGUAGAGAGUCUGAGGAAGUGCCAGAUGUGUCCAUGGAAAGUUAUGGAGAUGUGACAGAACAGACAGAGAUAAGCGUUGAGGAGGAUCCAGAGUCUAGAGAAGAUUUACCUAGAGCAGAGAAACACAGCCACAGAGUCUCUUCUGUAUUGGAGCUCCCAGAGUUUCCUCCAAGUAACUUGUGUUUGUCGCUUCCACUGGCAGAGGAUGGGGAAUUGGCUUUAAGUGUUGCUGGGGGAGACAGGAAGGAGAGAGUCAUUGCUGAGGUAACAGAAGCAACACUGGACAAUUUCCAGGCAUAUUCCCCAUCUCCUCUGCCCCCUUCACCCACAAAUGAUCAAGCAUUUCUGGAGUAUAGUGCCUAUACAAAGGAAGAAAACUCUCAGUCAUUAGAAAGAACUGUGACCAGGAUUGCCUUGGCCAAAGAGACAGAGGGAAAAUGGUGCUCAGAAGAAGAUCGAGAAGAAGAACUGACAGAAUCCGCUCAAGAGAACAAAAUACUGGAGGAAAAGGACCAAUACAUUGAGAAUGUGGUGGAAGAAAAAGAGACCAAUGACAUAGCCAGUUAUACACAACAUGACGAUGAAGUAAAGGUUCAGGAGGAAGAGAAAGUGUCAGCAGAUGAGCUAAUACAAGAGCAAUCAAGACAGCAAUUGAAGUCUAUGGCACUUCCAAUCCCACAGCCCCGCAGUGGUAAGGUAGCAAAGAGAGAGAUCACUCUGCCACAAGGAUUCAUGGAUAAUACAAUGUCUACAAUAGAGGAUGAUGAUAAUCUGUCUAUGUCAGAUGCAUAUGACCCCAGUCGUGUGGAGAGAGUAUGAAAUUAAACACUGUAAGAGCAAACCCUGUAACUUUACUGGAAAACUCAUCGUAAACAUAACUGGAGAUGACAUAGACUACAUUCACAGAAGUUCAUAAGCAGGUGGAUGGACUUCAUGCCACUCAUUAAGACUAAUUUGAACUUUUAUGAGCUGUUCAUGACUAGGCAGGCUAACUUGUCUAUCAAUCGGAUAUGAAUGUAUAUUGUAUAUCAAGUAAAUGUCACAAGUAGCUUCAAAUCAAUCUAUGACUAACACAUUUUCUAAAGUUAUUCUGCACCAGCAAAUGAUGGAGUUCUGUUGAACACAGAACACAGUGUCAUUGUGCCAUUAAGAAACAAUGACAAGAAAGACACUAAAGCACUUAUCAUUUUCUGCAGUAUUACCAAUGAGAGAAAGAAGAGAGGCCUUGAUGUAUCAAAGCAAUGAACUGGACUGAUGAGGUAGCAGCUGGAUCAGUUACAUAACACUGUGCUUUAAAUCACAGAGCUAACUAUUUUUUUAAGAAGAAUUAGAAGGAAAGUGUGCAUUAUACAGUGUGUUUUACAGUUGGGAGAAUCCAUUUGUGUCAAAUGUGUUAAAGUUGCAAUACAACAUAAUUAUAUAUACAUGUCAUUUUUUUUUUUAAAGAAAAUUAUGGCAUAGGCAACUUUUACACAGUACACAUUUUACCCAAAUUAGGCAGCUAAGAAGAAAGCUGAACAGAGACAAAGAUUAAAGGAUAUUUUGUGUGAAAUAUUGGUCUCCGGCUAAUUUAAUCUUAACUGCAGUGAAUUAUUUAGUCAUUUUCAGUAGUUAAUGCUCAAAGUGUUUUAUAUCACAUAUUCAGUUUGAGCUUUUCAGAGUAGAAGUCUGAGAAUGCAUUAUCUCACCACAAAAUGCAAUCAAAAAAGAAAAAAUUAUAUUUAUUUUUAUCAAACUAUCAACAAACUGUACAUAUAAAAAUAUAUUCAAAGAAGUAUUUUCUAUUUUACCUUGUGAAUUUGUUUGCUUGCUUACAAUCAUUAUUAAUAUAACAUAUCUUAAAAUGUUUGAUGUGUCUAAUAUCCUGUAUAACUCUCGCAUUGAAUUAGUUUUUUAUCGUGGUGUGCGGCGUGCCUUUUGUUGCACAAAUGUCAGAAAGUAUUAUGUUUUGUAUUUAUGCAUUUUAUUUCAAAUAAUGUAUGAAGCAAUCUACAUUAUUCUUAAAAAGUCCAUCUCAGUUCUGAAAGCUCACUGAUAUAGUAUACUUUUGUUAUUGUUUGGUUUCUUUUUAUAUAAAAUUGAGAUCAAAAUAUUUCCAUCACAUUGUUUUCUAACUCCAGUCCAAAGUGGACAAAAAUAAAUCCAAGUAAACACUGAGUAACUAGCACAUCCAAAGACUGGAAAUAGUGGGCUCGGCCAAAAAGUUCAUAAAAGUAAUUGCUUCUAUUUGCUCAGAACAUGAUUAUAAUUUUUUUGUACAAAUGCCAUAAUGUUGCUGCAGCAUGUUAAUAUUGCCAUUUGCCAUAGGCAUAAUAAAACUAAAUAAAUUCAUACAUAGAUACAGGCCAUAAAUAUUUUACAUUAUGUGUGUGUGUGUGUGUGUGUGUGUGUGUGUGUGUGUGUAUGUGUGUGUGAGUGAGUGUGUAUAAUAGUAAUAACAA